GGGUUAUGGCGGCCAAAACCCUAGCUCUCAGAUCUCUAGCGACGACGAAGUGAGAACCUCGCGGCGGCGGAGCAGGAGCAGCUAUGGAGGCCGGAAGGACCGUGAAGGAUGUCUCGCCGCACGAGUUCGUCAAGGCGUACGCCGCUCACCUAAAGCGCUCCGGCAAGUUGGAGCUUCCUCAUUGGACAGAUAUAGUGAAAACUGGAAGGUUCAAGGAGCUUGCUCCAUAUGAUCCUGAUUGGUACUUUAUCAGAGCAGCAUCCAUGGCAAGGAAGAUCUAUUUGAGGCAGGGAAUUGGUGUAGGUGGCUUUCAAAAGAUCUAUGGAGGACGCAAGAGAAAUGGAAGCCGUCCACCACACUUCUGCAAGAGCAGUGGCGCAAUAGCUCGUCACAUUCUGCAACAACUGCAGAACAUGGAUAUUAUUGAAAUUUGCCCAAAAGGGGGAAGGAAAAUCACUUCCAAUGGAAUGCGUGAUCUUGAUCAAAUUGCUGGCCGUGUUGUAAUCACCCCAUGAGCUUUGUUUCUGGAGACAUGAGGGUAUUUCUCUGUUAGGAAUUUUCUGGUCACAGUAUUCUGCAUGGAAGUUUUGACAUUUGCUGUCUUUUUUGAAUCAUGUACUGGUUAGACUGAACUAUUAGACAUGAAUUUCACUGAAAAACGUCAGAGUUUGUUUAUUCACAACUUAUGUGGAGCUUGUGUUCUCAUUGUUGUGUAGUGCAUGUUGAAGCUUUUGUUUUCAUUGA